UUGUUGUAAGUAGUAGCAGUAAUAACAAUUUGUUGCUGCUGUCGCUUGGGUUUUAGUCUGACAUUAUAAAUUGAGUUGGAAUAACGCAUUCUAGCUUAGUCGUGUUCCAGUAAAGGUUACGCGCGCUACCCACUCAGCGAACAACAUAAAACAUUUAAAACUAACAAAUUUUUCCUUACAAAUAAUAAACUCGCCUUCUCAAGCUAAAUUCAACAAAUCGAAAACAGUAUGUCUGCUAGAAUUUUGGAAGACUCGCCCAAUGCGCGCAUAAAUAAAACCAUUUUGGAUCGUUAUCUCACUCUGCCCGUAGAGGAUAACAUUGUACAGGCUACCUACAUUUGGAUCGACGGCACUGGUGAGGAUCUGCGCUGCAAGGAUCGCACCCUUGACUUUAUACCAUCGAACCCAAAGGAAUUGCCUAUUUGGAACUAUGAUGGCAGCUCUUGCUAUCAGGCGGAGGGCAGCAACUCGGAUACCUAUCUCUAUCCGGUUGCCAUCUACAAGGAUCCAUUCCGACGAGGCAACAACAUUUUGGUUAUGUGCGACACCUACAAGUUCGAUGGAACACCCACCGCCACCAAUAAGCGGAAGUCGUGCCUCGAAGUGGUCAAUAAGUGCGCGGAUGAAGAGCCCUGGUUUGGCAUUGAGCAGGAAUACACAUUCCUUGACUUCGAUGGCCAUCCGCUUGGAUGGCCCAAGAACGGUUUCCCCGGCCCACAGGGUCCCUAUUACUGCGGCGUCGGUGCUAAUAAAGUCUACGCUCGCGACAUUGUCGACGCUCACUAUCGUGCCUGCCUUUAUGCUGGCGUUAAGGUGUCCGGGACCAAUGCGGAGGUGAUGCCUGCUCAAUGGGAGUUCCAGGUGGGUCCCUGCCUAGGCAUCUCGAUCGGCGAUGACCUCUGGAUGUCACGCUUCCUCCUACAUCGCAUCUCAGAGGAGUUUGGUAUUGUGGCCACCCUGGAUCCCAAGCCAAUGCCGGGCGACUGGAACGGCGCCGGCGCACACACCAAUGUGUCCACCAAAGUGAUGCGCGAGGACGGCGGCAUACGGGAGAUUGAGAAGGCUGUGGCUAAGCUAUCCAAAUGCCAUGAGCGCCACAUUCGUGCCUAUGAUCCCAAACAGGGACAAGACAACGCACGCCGCCUGACAGGCAAGCACGAGACCAGCUCGAUCAAUGACUUUAGCGCUGGUGUGGCCAAUCGUGGUUGCAGCAUACGCAUACCUCGCGGCGUCAACGAUGAUGGCAAGGGUUACUUCGAGGAUCGACGCCCCAGCUCCAAUUGUGAUCCCUAUUCAGUGGUGGAAGCCAUUCUGCGUACCAUUUGCUUGGACGAGUAGAAAUCGUCUUGCAUCUGCAGUUGCCCAGCAGCCUGAUGUUGUUUACCAGACCCGGACCCGCCUCCUAGGCGGAGUUAGCAAUCAGCGCAGUCAUACACAAUCAAAACAUACUAGAAUAUAAGUAUAUCCAAUCUUUUUUUUGUUUGUGUCGAUUCAAGCAGCUUAUAAUGCGUAUUUUUUUAAAUGUUUUUUUUUUUUUUUGUUGAACAUUGUUGUUAGGUUAUAGAUAUUAAUGGAACACGUUAAAAACUAGAUUUAAAUCUGUAUGUCGAAUGAACAGUUUUUGCCCAAAUGGCUCACAGCAUUACCAAGUAUACCCACCAAGAGCACCAAGAUGAACAUAAACUGAAAGAUAAAAUGGGUAGCCAAAGUUAAUGUGCUUUCUAAUUGAGGCAUACAUACAUAACUAUAUUGAUAUUAUUUAACUAAAUUAAUACCUAUACACAACUACAUAAAUACAUACAUAUACUCCCUAGUGAAGUAAAUGCGCGAAAAAAUGAAAA